GAGGGCGGGCUGCCGAUGCCCUCACCUGGGCUCGGGCCUCGGGUCCGCCCGGCCCGCAGGGGGCGCGCGGCGCUCGGACCGGCCGCUCCCGUUCUCUUCGCCCGGUCCCUGCCGCGCGUAGGCCACGGGGUCGGCGGGAACACGAUGGCGGCCGCCAGGAGACUCAUGGCGCUGGCCGCCGGCGUCUCUCCGCGCCUGCGGCCGCUGGGUCCCCGCGCUGCUGGGCGACAGGGUCGCUCGCGCGGCUUCUCAUCAGGCUGCGCCCACCCCGACCGCACCAAGGAGGCCGCCGAGGCCGAGUCAGGGAUGGCCCCCGGCGGGCCUGGGGAAGGCGACGGAAGCAUUGUGAACGCUUCUAGGGACCUAUUAAAAGAAUUCCCACAGCCCAAAAAUCUUCUCAACAGUGUGAUCGGAAGAGCCCUCGGCAUCUCACAUGCAAAAGACAAACUAGUCUACGUGCACACAAAUGGACCGAAGAAAAAGAAAGUCACACUGCACAUAAAGUGGCCCAAGAGCGUGGAGGUAGAAGGCUAUGGCAGCAAGAAGAUCGAUGCUGAGCGGCAGGCUGCAGCUGCGGCCUGCCAGCUGUUCAAGGGUUGGGGUCUGCUGGGUCCCCGGAAUGAGUUGUUUGACGCAGCCAAAUACCGAGUGCUAGCUGAUCGCUUUGGCUCCCCUGCUGACAGCUGGUGGCGUCCUGAACCCACCAUGCCCCCUACUUCCUGGCGGCAGCUGAAUCCGGAGAGCAUUCGGCCAGGGGGACCUGGGGGCCUAUCCCGCUCUUUGGGCCGGGAAGAAGAAGAGGAUGAGGAGGAAGAGCUAGAAGAAGGGACCAUAGAUGUUACCGACUUCUUGUCCAUGACCCAGCAGGAUUCCCACACCCCACUCAGGGACUCAAGGGGGAGUUCCUUUGAGAUGACAGAUGAUGACAGUGCUAUCAGGGCUCUGACCCAGUUUCCACUUCCCAAGAACCUUCUGGCCAAGGUGAUUCAGAUUGCAACGUCAUCCUCCACAGCUAAGAAUCUCAUGCAGUUCCAUACUGUGGGCACCAAGACCAAGCUGUCUACACUCACCCUGCUCUGGCCCUGCCCCAUGACCUUUGUUGCCAAAGGGCGCCGCAAAGCAGAGGCUGAGAAUAAGGCGGCAGCCUUGGCCUGCAAGAAACUGAAGAGCCUGGGCCUGGUGGACAGGAACAAUGAACCACUUACACACGCCAUGUAUAACCUGGCCUCUUUGCGUGAGCUGGGUGAGACCCAGCGCCGACCGUGCACCAUCCAGGUGCCCGAGCCCAUCCUCCGCAAGAUAGAGACCUUCCUGAACCAUUACCCUGUGGAGAGUUCAUGGAUCGCCCCAGAACUCCGGCUGCAGAGUGAAGACAUCUUGCCCUUGGGCAAGGACUCAGGGCCUCUCAGUGACCCUAUCACAGGCAAGCCCUAUGUGCCCCUGUUGGAAGCAGAGGAGGUACGUCUCAGCCAGAGUCUGCUAGAACUGUGGCGGCGGCGAGGACCAGUCUGGCAGGAGGCCCCCCAGCUACCUGUGGAUCCACAUCGGGAUACCAUCCUCAAUGCCAUUGAGCAGCACCCGGUGGUGGUCAUCUCUGGGGACACAGGCUGUGGGAAGACCACACGCAUCCCCCAGCUGUUGCUGGAGCGCUAUGUGACCGAGGGCCGCGGUGCCCGCUGCAAUGUGAUCAUCACCCAACCUCGCCGCAUCUCUGCUGUGUCUGUGGCACAGCGGGUCAGCCACGAACUGGGCCCCUCCCUGCGCCGGAACGUGGGCUUCCAGGUGCGGCUGGAAAGUAAGCCCCCAGCCCGAGGCGGGGCCCUGCUCUUCUGCACUGUGGGUAUCCUGCUGCGUAAGCUGCAGAGCAACCCCAGCCUGGAGGGUGUGAGCCACGUCAUCGUGGAUGAGGUACAUGAGCGGGACGUGAACACAGACUUUCUGCUGAUCCUGCUCAAGGGCCUGCAGCGGCUCAACCCGGCCCUGCGGCUGGUGCUCAUGAGUGCCACAGGGGACAAUGAGCGCUUCUCCCGAUACUUUGGUGGCUGCCCCGUCAUCAAGGUGCCUGGCUUCAUGUACCCGGUCAAGGAGCACUACCUGGAGGACAUCCUGGCCAAGCUGGGCAAGCACCAAUACCUGCACCGGCACCGGCACCAUGAGUCUGAGGAUGAAUGCGCACUCGAUUUGGACCUUGUGACUGAUCUGGUUCUGCACAUCGAUGCUCGUGGGGAACCAGGUGGGAUCCUGUGCUUCCUGCCUGGGUGGCAGGAGAUCAAAGGAGUGCAGCAGCGCCUCCAGGAGGCCCUGGGCAUGCACGAGAGCAAGUACCUCAUCCUGCCAGUGCACUCCAACAUCCCCAUGAUGGAUCAGAAGGCCAUAUUCCAGCAGCCUCCAGUUGGGGUGCGCAAGAUUGUCUUGGCCACCAAUAUUGCGGAGACUUCCAUCACCAUCAAUGACAUCGUGCAUGUGGUGGACAGUGGGCUGCACAAGGAAGAACGCUAUGACCUGAAGACCAAGGUGUCCUGCCUGGAGACAGUGUGGGUGUCAAGAGCCAAUGUGAUCCAGCGCCGGGGCCGAGCGGGCCGCUGCCAGUCAGGCUUUGCCUACCACUUGUUCCCUCGAAGCCGGCUGGAGAAAAUGGUCCCUUUCCAAGUGCCAGAGAUCCUGCGCACGCCUCUCGAGAACCUGGUGCUGCAAGCAAAAAUCCACAUGCCUGAGAAGACGGCGGUGGAGUUCCUGUCCAAGGCUGUGGACAGUCCAAACAUCAAGGCAGUGGACGAGGCUGUGAUUUUGCUCCAGGAGAUCGGGGUGCUGGACCAGCGGGAGUACCUGACCACCCUGGGGCAGCGCCUGGCUCAUAUCUCCACCGACCCCCGGCUGGCCAAGGCGAUAGUGUUGGCCGCCAUCUUCCGUUGCCUGCACCCGCUACUGGUGGUUGUUUCCUGCCUUACCCGGGACCCCUUCAGCAGCAGCCUACAGAACCGGGCCGAGGUGGACAAGGUGAAAGCACUGUUGAGCCACGACAGUGGCAGUGACCACCUGGCCUUUGUGCGGGCUGUCGCCGGCUGGGAGGAGGUGCUGCGUUGGCAGGACCGCAGCUCCAGGGAGAAUUACCUGGAGGAAAACCUGCUCUACGCACCUAGCCUGCGCUUCAUCCACGGACUCAUCAAGCAGUUCUCGGAGAACAUUUAUGAGGCCUUCCUGGUGGGGAAGCCCUCGGACUGCACCCUGGCCUCUGCCCAGUGCAACGAGUACAGUGAGGAGGAGGAGCUGGUGAAGGGCGUGCUGAUGGCCGGCCUCUACCCCAACCUCAUCCAGGUGAGGCAGGGCAAGGUCACCCGGCAGGGGAAGUUCAAGCCCAACAGCGUCACAUAUAGGACCAAAUCAGGCAACAUCCUGCUGCACAAGUCGACCAUUAACAGGGAGGCCACACGGUUGCGGAGCCGAUGGCUGACGUAUUUCAUGGCGGUCAAGUCCAAUGGCAGCGUCUUCGUCCGGGACUCCUCGCAGGUGCACCCGCUAGCUGUGCUGCUCCUGACCGACGGGGACGUGCACAUCCGCGAUGACGGGCGCCGGGCCACCAUCUCACUGAGCGACAGUGACCUGCUGCGGCUGGAGGGUGACUCGCGUACCGUGCGGCUGCUGAGGGAGCUGCGGCGGGCCCUGGGCCGCAUGGUGGAGCGGAGCCUGCGCAGCGAGCUGGCUGCACUUCCCCCCAGCGUGCAGGAGGAGCACGGGCAGCUGCUUGCGCUACUGGCAGAGCUGCUGCGAGGACCGUGUGGCAGCUUUGAUGUGCGCAAGACAGCUGACGACUGAGCCCUGCUUCUGCUGGGGCUGUGUACAGAGUGCAAAUGUUUAUUUAAAAUAAAGUUCUAUUUAUCCCUUGUGACCACUGCUGUCCACUAGGGGCUCCUCUCUCAGGGCCUCCAUACACUGGGCCACGGUUCCCCAAAGAGGAAGAAGGAAGGUAGAGAAGAGAGAUGCUUAUUGCUGGGGGACGGGCUGCCUGUGGCCCCAAGUCUUGAGAGAGAAAGAAGGGGGUUAGAACCUCCUUCCUUCGCCAAGAGCAGGAAGCAGCCGUGCUGUUAACCAGCCCAGUCCCCUGGCACAGCUGCUCCUCUGGGUACCCACCACAGGAAGCCUGUCAGAACUGUCACUGUCCUUGUAGUUUUGGGCAGUAAGUGUCGAGCAGCCCUUUACCAGGCAGACUGGAGGAGAGUUCCGCAGGUAGCCGAGGCCCAGGGCUGUGUGCACGGUGGUCCUUCCUGUAUCCACAUCCACAAGUUCAUAGCCGAGGGGCUGAAUGCCGAGGUCAUGGAGAUCAUGUGCACACGGCAUUUCAGUCCCUUGAUGCAAGGGGGUGAGCUGAGGGCAGGAGGAUCAGGGAGGUAGAUGCAAACCGAGACACAGAAGCACGGAGCCUGUGUGAUGGGACAUCAGGCAGCUUUAUUUACUCUUAAAACUGUUACAACAGAAUCACAGACUGACACAGGUAAUGGCUGAGCCAUAAGCAAAUCGGGAAGUACAGAACUGUCCCACCCCAAAUGGCUGCGGAGUACACAUCACACAGGGCCUCUGGUCCUGGCCUUCUCAGGUGCUCUGGUGUGCAGGAUCCUUCGAGGGAACUCUGACCACUCCUAUUGUCUUACCUAGAGAGCAUGCCACUUGGGCCACCUCCCCCCAACCCUUGGCCAAAGGAGCGAAAGGACCUGGAACCUGUCGUCAACCUCAGCAUCCUCAUGACCCCGGGACAGACGCAGCAGAGGCAGCAGCUUCCCAGCAGGCCCUUCCUCCUGCUGACGAAACACUGGCUCCCUCAUGUUCUGGGCACAGCGGAAGUGUUCUGCACAUGGUCUCUAUGGAGGAAAGCUGGUCCCCCUGGCCCAGGCAGCACUUCCUCCGUGAGACCCUGCAGUUUCCUGGUGUGUGCCUGGGGAGCUAGAGACAUGGUGCCACACCUCCAUAAGGCACUGCUACCUCAGAAAGGGGGAGGAGCUGUCAGGCCCAGGACUGCCUCCCUGCACAUGGAGAUCAAAUCUAAACCUAAGUCAAGACCCCUUCCUUCUCCAGCUCCAAGGGAUGCCAGGACCAGAGAAGGGCAGAGGUCAGGAGGGGCCUGAGGAGGCCAAGUCUGGGGCAGCCUCAGAGGCAAAUCUACACUGUAGCCAGUCCCCUCCAGAGAAGCCCUUGGAAUCUUCCAGGCCAUUUCACUACAAACUUAUGUUUGAAUCCUUUAUUAGAAACCAUG